AUGAGAAAUCGUCACUUUGGUGAUUUUGAGUUUCAACUCUUUGCAACAACGUGCGCUGUUGUGGCCUCUAUCACAGAGGUCGAUUUCAGCCCAAUCGCUUUACACGCAGCCGAGUGCGCUGUUAUGGCCUCCAUCAUUGGUAUCAACUGCAGCUCGAUCCGGGCUGCAGUCGGAAAAGCGAGACUCAAAAGUUACAAAGCGCAAAUUAUCUUCGCAGCAGGUUGCGCUGUCAUGGCCUCUAUCAUUGGUAUCAAUUGCAGCUUGGUUCUGGUUAAAGUAGAGGAGAAAGCACAAAAUGAGGAUUUCUCUGGAAGUAAUUCAUCGACUGGGCCAAACUCUUUGCAGCAGGUUGCGCUGUCAUGGCCUCUAUCAUUGGUAUCAUCUGUAGCUCGGUCCGGGCUGCAGUCGGAAAAGUCCAAACUUGUCGCAGCAGGAUGCGCUGCUGUGGCCUCAAUCAUUGGUACCAACUGCAGCUCCAUCCCGGCUGGGCUCAGAAAAUGUCUGGCCGCUUUGUGUUCUUCGGUCGCAGGAAGUGGUGGAAAUCCAGAAGGAAGGGGAGUUUUCGCUGGUUUGCAGUCUUUGAGAUAUGCGGAAGUAGCGCCAGCGAACCGAUGCGGCGGUUCUGAUUGCCCCAUUUUCGACAUGAUGAAGGCCAAAACAGCGCUGCUGCAAGAAGUUUGGACCGGUCAACCCCUUACUUCUAUAGAAAUCGUUACUUUGACGGUUUUGUGGAGGCCAGAACAGCGCACUCUGCCGCAAGGAGUUUCUCCGAAUUGA